AUGAGGAUCCUUGGUUGGAACUGUCGGGGCAUCUGCCACGCCUCGACAGUUCGAGCCCUUGGGGCUCAAAUAAAAGGGGCAAAACCUGAUGUGGUUUUCCUCUCUAAAACCAAAGCAAAUGAGAGUCGUAUGGAAUUUGUUAAAAAUUUUCUUAAGUUUGAUAAUAAAAUUGUUGUUGAGGCUAAGGGUAGUGCAGGUGGUUUGUGUAUUAUGUGGAAGACUGGUUUGGUUAUCAAUGGGGUGGAAUUUGAUAAGAAUAUGAUUGCUGUCAAAGUAACUGAUAAGUGCACUGAAUGGCUCCUAAUCGGGUUCUAUGGUCCCCCAUACCAAGCAAAGAAGAGGAAAGUCUGGGGGAAUCUAUUUGCUCUGCUUGAAUCACACCAGGGUCCGUGGGCAUGUAUUGGUGAUUUUAACUUCAUCAUUAAUGAGGAGGAACAAAUUGGAGGCAACAAAGGUGGAUCUUCAGGAGAAAACUAUCUCAAAGAGUUAAUGUUCGAAUUUAAUGCAGUGGACCUUGGGGAUGAAAGGUGCAAUGGUGUCAUUGAAAACACUUGGAAUGCUAAUGUAGCUGAGUCAGAUUUUACUAAGCUGUAUAAAAAGCAAGGUGCCACCAGAGAUGCCCUUCGCAAAUGGAACAAGGAGGUUUUCGGCCACUGCCAGAAUAGAAUCAAUAUUCUGCUCAAGAAAAUAAAGGAGGUUCAAGAUAAGCACCCAUCUCCGAAAAAUGAGUUAGUUGAAAAUGCCCUACAAAUUGAACUCUCUGAAUGGCUCCUUAGAAGUGAAGUAAUUUGGCGGCAAAAAUCCAGAGAGUUAUGGCUCAAACUAGAAGAUGAUAUUUGUUUUCCAGAGCACCUUGAGCACCUAAUUCUGCCGUGUAUAACAGAGGAAGAAAAUGAGAUACUUCAAAGUAUUCCCAUUCCGGAGGAGAUAAAAAAUGCUCUUUUCCAAAUGCAAGACCUUAAGGCUUCGGGGCCGAAUGGUUUUCUAGCUCUAUUCUACAAGCAGCUCUGGCCUACAGUGGGAAAUGAUGUGAUUAAAGCAGUGACUUCCUUCUUCAUCAUGGGUUCAAUGCCUAGAGAGGUAAAUGCUUCCCUGAUUGUGCUUAUCCCAAAAAUCUCAAACCCGACCUCUGUUAACCACUUCAAAUCGAUAAGCCUGUGUAAUAUGGUAUAUAAAGUUAUCUCAAAGCUCCUGGUGGAAAAGAUUAGGCCUUUGCUUGACAAAAUGAUCUCUCCUACCCAAUCAGCCUUCAUCCCAAACAGAUGGAUAGCUGAAAACCAAAUCAUUGUUCAAGAAGUUCUCCAUAGCUUUAAGACUCGUAAAACCAAGCCUGGCCUCAUGGCCAUCAAGCUUGAUCUCUAA